GACGUCACCCCGCCCCCUCAGAGUUUAGAGCGUCAUUUUUACUUAUUUGUUUGUUUGUUUGUUUGUUUAUUUUCGCUAAUGAAGCUACAUAUUCCCACAUUUUGUCAUAGUUUAUGAACUUACCUAUUUAUAAAUCUCUAUAAAAACCUUCAGUACGCAGCUGGACUUUACUUGUAAUUGUUCAAAUUCAAAGGCUCGUUUUACUCUGAUUGGAUAAAUCCGACGCGAGCUCAUGAAAUAUUCAUAAAUAUGUUAAUGACGGCGCGCGUGAUUGGGAAGAAACAACUCGUUUAAAUGAUUCGAAGCCGAAGUGAAUUCGUAACGGUUCACGAAGACGUUUGACGAUUUAAAAAAACUACAAUAGGACAAAUAUCUCACAAACGAAACCAAAUAGCAGGUAUGUCUAGGAUGGAUUCUUUAGCUGGUGCGGAAAUCAAAGAAACCUGUUUCAGUUCGUUGAACAACCUCAGCAACUUCCCUGGCAAAUUGUGGCAUUUGGUCAACGAUCCUGAAGUUUGCUCAGUCUGCUGGGAUGCCAAUGGAGAAGGGAUUCUUAUAUACGAGGAAGCCUUCAAUGCUGAAGUGCUGAUGUCCCAGACUAGGAAGAUAAAUGCGUACUUCAAAACGACGCACUUCACCAGUUUCAUUCGCCAGCUGAAUCUUUAUGGAUUCAGAAAAUUGCCUCAAAACCGUAACAUCUCUGGGCAGCAACUUGGCAGCUUCGACAUGGCCCAACUGCACCACUUCUGUAACCCGAAUUUCAAACGGGAAAAGCCAGAGCUUGUAGUCAGACUAAAGAGACUCACUCCUGUCAACAAGGCCAAGCUUCAUGCUGGGAUACCGCUGACCAGCAGAUCACCAAAACGUUUCCAUCGUGCGAUGUUUAUUUCACCCCAAGAAAACUCUGCUGGGAUGAGAGAGGGUUCAGUCUUGGUUGGACAUCAGGGAACUCCUUACCCGCAUCGCAGGUGUCUUUCUCCAGUAGCUUUGUAUACAAAUGAACAUGUGCCUGUUUCUGAGUUACACAACGAUGUGCCGUGUUCACAUCCCUCCAGCUCCAUGCUCGUACAGCAGAGCAUCCUGCCUCAUCCCUCACAGUACAGGUUUUACACACCAGCAUAUCAGAGCUAUCAACCAGACUUCUUGGAUUUACAAGUGCCUUACUCUGUACAACCAACUGCUUCCUACUCUUCUUAUUGCUAUUACCCUGACUACUCGGUCGGCUACCGGAAAACAGGUGACAUAACAGAUUCCACGAAGAGUGACACAAGAAUGAACCUAGAUAUUGUAUUCAAAGUCAAAGAUGAAGUGCAGGCUGCUGCUGAUGUCAAAGAAAAUGUGACCAGUCACAUCGAAAGUCAGCUUGAGGAGCGUCCUGAAUGUAGAGAUUAGAAGCAUCAACUUGUUGAAAUACUGAAUCACAAAUGAGCUAUGUUUCAUUAAAGUCUUUCCUGUUGCAAA